CCGCCAGAAUUCAAGUCGAGAACAUGUGGUCUCUGCGGAAAUUAUAACAAUAACCCAAACGACGACUUUAUCACUAAAAGAGGCAAAAUAUACACUGAAAUUGAAAAGUUUACUCAUUCUUGGAAAGUGGGAAAGAAUGUGAUUUGCGAGAGCGCUAUGAAGUCGACGAAAGCCAUGAAAGAGCAAAUGAGAUGCAAUUUCCGAGAUUGGGAGCAGAGAUACAACGCCAUCAAUGUGUGCAAUAUACUCAAGUCGGCGCUAUUCAGACAAUGCCACACAUCCAUCAGUAUUACUACCUUUUUUGGGAAGUGCUUAUCCGAUGUGUGUUCGUGCCAUAAGAAUAAGGUUUGCCACUGCAAUGCCAUCCAGUCCUAUGCGACCCAAUGC